ACAUAGCUACAUUAGCAUUUGUUUGCACACCUACUUCAUAUAUAUAACUUGUUACCUUUCUCACCAAUUUGAUCGGCAUGAGGGACCGGAUGGAGAGGUUCGUGCUGCUUCCAUUCACAGCAGGUUGCAUCUCUGAGUCGAGCAUCGCAGUUGGGCUGCACCAGCAGGCGAAACGGUCGAGGAUCGACAUGAAUUCGAUUACUCCCACAAGGAUUCGGGAGAGAGACAAAGAUGAGUGCGAUGAGUUAUCCGAGGAGGACGACGACGAAAGCUUGUCAGGCGAAAACCCGAAGAGCCCUUCGAGCAUUUCAUCAGUUCCCAGGUUCCAGAAACUGUUCAAGAACUUCAAGAACCUGUCUCAAUUAUUCGCAUACAAAGAUGAGUUAGAAGAAACCGAAGAAGAAGAUGCCGGGAUGGAGAUUGGCUUACCUACAGAUGUGAAGCACGUGACGCACAUCGGUUUGGACGGGUGCUCGAACUCGAUCCUAUCCAAGGGAUGGAAUAAUACCCUCAUCGAGUCGCCGGGCAUGAUCGACCAAGCUCCAUUCCCUCUCAUGCCACUCGAGCUCGCCAUGGCAGCCCGAGCUGAAAAUCCCACUGUCCGGAGUUUGCUGGAAACCAAAUGAAAACAAACUACUCAUCGACGAAGCUGCAGAGCAUUGCAUGAUAUCAUCAGGGUAUUAAAAAACAGGGGUCGAUUCUUUCUUCUCUGUAGUGUUGUUUACUUUCGAUCUUUCGCUAUUUGUGUAAAUGUGUGGUAACCUAUAAAUGAUACCUUCUUAAAGCUAUGCAAUGAUUCUGAGCUCUAAUUUUGCACAAACUCGGAAAAUAAAGCCUCAAUAACUCUAGCAAUCGUCAUGU